GUUGAUUUGCAUUGGUGGAGAAAUAUUUAUCAGUAAUUUUUGUCGUUCUAUUGUGCAGCGGAGGUGUUGAUAUAUUAUUAAUUAAAUUAUUUAUAUUAAAUUUAAUUACUUCAGCUCUUAUUAAACAUUUUAGAAAGAUAUGUUGAAGCCAAAAGCUCUAACACGAGUGCUUAGCCAAGCGAACACAGGAGGCGUGGAAAAUACUUUAUUGCUGAGCCAAGAAGGUGCUCUAUUGGCAUAUUCUGGUUAUGGUGAUCGAGAUGCACGUGUCACAGCGGCGAUUGCCAGCAACAUUUGGGCUGCCUAUGAAAAACAUGGACGCAAUGCAUUCCGUGAAGAUCGUCUGACAUAUGUUUUGUUGGAUUGCGAUUGUGGGCACGUUGUCAUAACACAGGUUGCUAGCAUUUUGCUUUGUUUAUAUGCCAAAGAGACAGUUGGCUUAGGUUUAUUGAAACAAAAAGCAAUGGCAUUGGCUACGUACUUAGAAGGACCAUUAAAGCAAGUGGCUUCAGCGUCUUAAUAUUAAAUAAAAUUUAUAUUUUUUUUACCAGCAAAUUUAAUAAAACUA